GGGAGACCAGAUAUAGUGAAUGCAGGGUCCGGGAGACCAGAUAUAGUGAAUGCAGGGUCCGGGGAGACCAGAUAUAGUGAAUGCAGGGUCCGAGGAGACCAGAUAUAGUGAAUGCAGGGUCCGGGAGACUAGAUAUAGUGAAUGCAGGGUCCGGGGAGAACAGAUAUAGUGAAUGCGGGGUCCGGGGAGACCAGAUAUAGUGAAUGCGGGGUCCGGGGAGACCAGAUAUAGUGAAUGCAGGGGUCCGGGGAGAACAGAUAUAGUGAAUGCAGGGUCCGGGGAGACCAGAUAUAGUGAAUGCAGGGUCCGGGGA